UGUGUUGUGUACUAACACUUUUUGGUUAAUUAGCUAGCUCUAUGCAACGGUUUUGAAAACGUGUGCGCUAGCUUGUACUGUGUAGCUAGAUAGCACGCGUGUUGACAUGUUCGCGCUAAGACUGAGCGUCAGUAAAACAAAGUUAUCUACAAAAUUGAUAGGCUAUACGGUUUCGUGUAGUUAUGCAUUUUUCGAUAUCUACCUUUUUCUUCAAGUCACCCGUCUGCCGUUGGCUGGCUAGGGCCCCAGUCGGAUCGGAUCAAAAUGAUUAUCCCAGUCCGGUGCUUCACCUGUGGGAAAAUCGUUGGGAAUAAAUGGGAGGCGUACCUUGGCCUCCUUCAAGCUGAAUACACUGAAGGUGAUGCCCUUGAUGCUCUUGGUCUGAAGAGGUAUUGCUGUCGGAGGAUGCUGCUGGCUCAUGUAGACCUCAUUGAGAAGUUGCUGAAUUAUGCACCCCUGGAGAAAUGAUGGAUACAACAACCACAUACAAGAAUCAUAUGGCUUAUUUAUGGACAAGCCCUGGUUGCCUGCCAGUGAGGCAGUGCACCCUGAUGGAUUGACAUCCAAGAGACUAUUUUCACACCUGGUUUGAAUCGUAACUGUUUUUGUUGAAUAAAGCAAUAAAUACUACUCACUUAUAA